AUGGCUUCCGAUACGUUACGAUUGUUUACAUUUGUGGUUUUCUGUGCUCUUAGCGCUUCUGCGAACACCACAGUCGACUGGUGGGAGUCGGCCACACUCUAUCAGAUCUAUCCUCGAUCGUUUAUGGACAGUGACGGUGAUGGUAUAGGUGACUUGAAUGGCAUUACAUCUCGCUUGGAAUUUCUUAAGGAAAUAGGUGUGACUGCUGCAUGGCUUUCGCCUAUUUUCGAAUCACCGAUGGCAGAUAUGGGCUGUGAUGUAGCUAAUUUCACGAACAUUGACCCGCUCUUUGGGACAAUGGAGGAUUUUGAUGCAAUGAUUGCAAAGGCGCAUAAAUUGGGUAUAAAGAUGAUAUUGGAUUUUGUUCCAAAUCACUCAAGUGAUGAGUGUGAGUGGUUCCAGAAGUCGGUACGUCGUGAAGAAGGUUACGAAGAUUUCUAUGUAUGGCAUGAUGGUAAAAUCGAUCCAGAAACGGGCGAGCGUAGUGAGCCAUGUAAUUGGGGAUCAGUCUUUGGUGGUUCUGCAUGGACUUGGGUUGAAGAACGCCAACAGUAUUACUUACAUCAGUUUCUAGCCAAACAAGCUGAUUUAAAUCUCACCAAUCCUAUAGUGCGUGAACAUCUCAUCGAGGUGUUGGAAUUUUGGCUUGAUCGUGGUGUGGAUGCUUUCCGUAUUGAUGCAGUACCAUUUUUCGUUGAAUUUCGUUAUGAAAAUGGUUCUUAUCCAGAUGCGGAGUUUUUAGACGAAUACCAACAAAAACAUGGCGGUGACACAUUACCACAAAUUGCCGAAGCUUAUACCUCUACUGAGAUCUUGAGCACGUAUGUCAGCAAUGGCACCUACAAUGGUACUCAACUGCCAAUGAAUUUCAACUUUGUUGACUUAAGAGAAAGUUCCACUGCACAGACUGUUGAAGAAUAUGCCAAAGAAUGGAUGGAUAUAAUGUGGACAAAUCAUAAGGUGGCCAAUUGGGUAAUAGGAAAUCAUGACAACAGUCGCCCAGCCACACGCAUAGGAGUACCUAGGACAGAUUUGAUGACGAUGAUAGGGCAUGCAUUGCCCGGCAUAUCUGUUACUUAUUACGUAAAUGAGAUCGGCAUGACUGAUGUAGACAUCGACUGCACAAUAAGUUGUGAGUUCCGGGACCCAGAGCGUACUCCAAUGCAAUGGGACACUUCAAAGAAUGCUGGAUUUAGCACCGGAAACUCCACUUGGCUACCCGUCAAUCCUAACUACUCAUAUCUCAAUGUACAGACUCAGAGAGGCGUGGCACGUAGCGCCUUGAACAUAUACAAGGGAAUGACCAGUUGGAAACAAACGGAAGCAUUCAAGGCGUUCAAAGAAGAAGGUGGAUUUUCGUAUGGAGCUUUGAAGAAGCAGGUCUUUCAAGUUGUGAGAAUUGCUGUUGGUCGUGAGGAGUACCGUUUACUAGCUAACUUCGGUACCCAAAUAGAAUAUUUAGAUGGUUUGACGAAUAAGACUAUGGAGUACGUGCUGCUCAAUUCCUAUUCACCUCACAAAUAUGGCGACAAGGUCGAUUUAAGCCAACGAAUUUAUUUGAUGCCAUAUGAAGCGGUAAUACUGCGGUGGACUGCAUAAAGUAUAUUUUUAUGUUUAUGAAGGGCAGCACUUCCAACUGACUGUUCAAACUUUUCGCAAUUGUUUUUAGUAUAAGUUGGGUAACCAGUAUUUGUUAGAAUAAUUUAA